AAUAGGAAGUGUCCGCGGAGCUGGGGGUGGACUCUGGCUCCGGCCAGCUGCGCCCUCUUUCCUCUCCCUCUUUCCUUCUCCCUUUUCUCCUUUCCUUCUUUUCCUCCUUUCCCGCCUCCCAGGAACCCUGGCGAAGUGUGCGUGUGUGGGAGCGCGAGAGCCCCCCGCAGCCACCCCUUGGGGCGCGCGGCUGCAGUUAGGGUGAGGGUCCCAGUGCGCAGGCGCGCUCCCGUUCGCGGUCCCCAACGGACUCACCCGCGGCGGGAACGAAAAGGGGCCACCCGAGCGAGGUAGGGGUCCUGAGAGGAAAUUGGCCGAGGAGAUGAGUGAGGCGAGAAGACCUGGUUGGUGGCUGAUCAGGAGAAGGGGCUCGAGCGAAGGGGCUUUGUGAGGCCUCCCAGAGGAAGAUGCUGCUGCCACCUGCCUGGUGUUCCUGAACCUCCAGGUUUCUGCCACACUGCCCCAUGGAGGACACGCCCACCUCACUCAGCUGCUCUGACUGUCAGCGCCACUUUCCCAGUCUCCCGGAACUGUCCCGGCACCGCGAGCUGCUCCAUCUGUCUUCCCAGCAGGACAGUGAGGAGGCAGACAGCAUCCCUCGGCCCUACCGCUGUCAGCAGUGUGGGCGUGGCUACCGUCACCCAGGGAGCUUGGUCAACCACCGGCGGACCCACGAGACUGGUCUUUUCCCCUGUACCACCUGUGGCAAGGACUUUACCAAUCCCGUGGCCCUCAAGAGCCACAUGAGGACUCAUGCUCCCGAGGGCCGCCGUAGGCGCAGGCCUCCCCGCUCCAAGGAAGUCAUUCCGCGCCUGCAGGGGGAAACAGCAUCCUCUGACUCUAGGGACCAGAGGCUUAGCCCUGGGGAAAGCUGGACAAGCCAGAAAAAACAUGCCGAAGAGACAUCUGGCUGUGAGUCUGGGCCUGACCCCAGGGCAGCUCUGAGCGCUAGGGAGGAUCCACCCACCAGACAAAGAGAAGGCUGGGAAAGACACCCAGAUUCUGCGGAGGGUGCAGAGGGCUGGGGGCCCACUACCAGUUCUGCCAGAGCCACCCCGCUCCCCACCGCAGCCAGCAGCCUCCUUAGCAAUUUGGAACAGUAUUUGGCUGAAUCCGUAGUGAACUUCGCCGGGGGCCACGAGCCCCCUCAGUCAACUCGUGCUGAGGAGGAACGGCGGUACAAGUGCGCUCAGUGCGGCAAGACUUACAAGCAUGCCGGGAGCCUGACCAAUCACCGCCAGAGCCACAGCCUGGGCGUCUACCCUUGUGCCAUCUGCUUCAAGGAGUUCUCGAACCUCAUGGCCCUGAAGAACCACUCCCGACUCCAUGCCCAGUAUCAGCCUUACCAAUGUCCUCACUGUCCCCGUGCCUUCCGGCUCCCCCGAGAGCUGCUGGACCACCAACAGUCCCAUGAGGGUGAAAGGCAGGAGCGGCUAUGGGAAGGGAAAGGGACGCCCGCCACCAAUGGGCACGUGGAGGAGAGCAGCCAGGACCAGCUCCCGACUACACAGAUGCUGAACUGCUCCGGGGAGCGCAGCGCCUCUGGGGAGCUGGAGGACGGUGGCCUAGAGGAGUACCGGCCUUUCCGCUGUGGGGACUGCGGCCGUACUUACCGCCAUGCUGGGAGCCUCAUCAACCAUCGCAAGAGCCACCAGACAGGUGUCUACCCCUGUUCCAUCUGUUCCAAGCAGCUGUUCAACGCGGCUGCCCUCAAAAACCAUGUGCGGGCUCAUCACAGACCCCGGCAGGGAGCUGGGGAGGAUGGGCAGCCAUCAGUGCCACCAGCCCCCCUGCCUGUGGCUGAUACCCCCCACAAAGAGGAAGAGGUCCCUGCCACCACCCUGGACCACCGCCCCUAUAAGUGCGACGAGUGUGGUCGGGCUUACCGCCACCGGGGGAGCCUGGUGAACCACCGCCACAGCCAUCGGACAGGAGAGUACCAGUGCUCACUCUGUCCCCGCAAGUACCCCAACCUUAUGGCCCUGCGUAACCACGUGCGGGUCCAUUGCAAAGCUGCUUGCCGCAGCGCAGGCCCAGGGGCUGAGGGUCCCCCCAGCCACCUCAAGGGAGAGCUCCCUCCUGACCAAGUGGAAGCAGAGGCAGCCCCACAUACAGAUCAGGGGCGUGGGUGCAAACACGAAGAGGAGGCGGCUGCGGCCGAUGUCCCCCCAGCAGCAAAUAGGACAGCACCACAGAUCUGUAGCGUGUGUGGGAUGCUCUUUGAAGACCCUGAGAGCCUUGAACGUCACGGCCGGACCCAUGGGGAUGGGGAAGACAGCAGGACAGAAACCAGGGCGUCCCCUCCUCGGGCAUUUGCUUGCCAAGAUUGUGGAAAGAGCUAUCGCCACUCAGGCAGUCUUAUCAACCACAGGCAGACCCACCAGACGGGGGACUUCAGCUGUGGGGCCUGCGCCAAGCACUUCCACACCAUGGCCGCCAUGAAGAACCAUUUGCGACGCCACAGUGGGCGGUGGGGCCGACAGCACGGGAGGCGGGCCAGCAGUGCUGGCAGUGGGGGUGAAGCCAAACUCCCGUCAGGCGGGAACUGGGCCCAGGACUUCGUGGGAAACAGCAAGGGCCUGGACUGUGCGCGAGACCCUUCAGGGGGAGGUCCUAAUGGAACCGCAGGCAGCUCAGAAAGCAAUGAGGGCUGUCUGCAGACUGAAGCCGAAAGGGCUAGAUGUGGGCUCGAGCGGGCGGAGGCCCGUAUCCAGGGUGAUAAAGAGAGCAGGGGUACUGAGGAAGGGCUGGAAAGGAAGGAGGCCUGUUUCCUAGACAACUUGGACAUCCCAGGCAAUGAGGAAAGCAAUGGGACUCGCUUCUGUGAUGGUCUCCCUGGGGUGGACGAAGACCGGAAACGAGCCCCUGGCCAGCCCAGCUCCCCGCACCACUCUCCUGUCACUGGCUGGCAGGCGGAGGUCUCCCACACGUGUUCGGACUGUGGGCAUUCUUUCCCUCAUGCCACUGGCCUGCUGAGCCACAGGCCCUGCCACCCCCCGGGCAUCUAUCAGUGCUCCCUCUGCCCGAAGGAGUUUGACUCUCUGCCUGCCCUGCGCAGCCACUUCCAGAACCACGGACCCGGGGAGGCCGCCCCUGCACAGCCUUUCCUCUGCUGCCUCUGCGGCAUGAUCUUCCCGGGACGGGCUGGCUACAGGCUUCACCGGCGCCAGGCUCAUGACUCCUCUGGCCUGACCGAGGGGGAGGAGGAGGAGGGGGAGGAGGAAGGAGCCGCAGGGGCAGCCUCCGCCCGGAGCCCUCCGCUGCAGCUCUCGGAAGCAGAGCUGUUGAAUCAGCUGCAGCGGGAGGUGGAGGCGCUGGACGGAGCUGGUUAUGGGCACAUCUGUGGCUGCUGCGGUCAGACCUAUGAUGACCUAGGGAGCUUGGAGCGUCACCACCAAAGCCAGACUUCUGGGAACACCACAGACAAACCUCCCAGCCACUUAGGAGAGUCAGGCGAUGCCAUGGGAAGGGUUGCAGGUGACGACCGUGUCUUUGAGGGCACGGUGACCUCUCUCUCUGGGGAAGGUGGGGACACAAAGUCUGGAGAGGGAGUGGGUGCUAUGGUUGUAGACAGCCUCUGCACGCGGGGGGAGGAAAGUCCGCCAGAGGCCCAGCCCCGCCCCUUCCGCUGCAACCAGUGUGGCAAGACCUAUCGCCACGGGGGCAGCCUGGUGAACCACCGCAAGAUCCACCAGACUGGAGACUUCAUCUGUCCCGUCUGCUCCCGCUGCUACCCCAACCUGGCUGCCUAUCGGAAUCACCUGCGAAACCACCCGCGCUGCAAGGGCUCCGAGCCCCAGUUGGGGCCCGCCCCGGAGGCCGGAGGCAGCAGCGAGCCUCGGAACGUGGCAGAAGAAGGGCUGGGGCAGGCAGAUGGCGGAAAGCUCCAGGAAGAACUUAAAGUGGAGCCCUCGGAGGAGGUGGCAAGGGUGAAAGAGGAGGAGUGGGGGGAGGCCACCGUGAAGGGGGAGGAGGUGGAGCCGAGGCUGGAGACGGCAGAGAAGAGCUGCCAGACCGAGGCCAGCUCUGAGCGGCCCUUCAGCUGUGAGGUGUGCGGCCGGUCGUACAAGCACGCUGGCAGCCUCAUCAAUCACCGGCAGAGCCACCAGACUGGCCACUUCGGCUGCCAGGCCUGCUCCAAAGGCUUCUCAAACCUCAUGUCCCUCAAGAACCACCGGCGCAUCCAUGCAGAUCCUCGGCGGUUCCGCUGCGGUGAAUGUGGGAAGGCCUUCCGCCUGCGGAAGCAGCUGGCCAGCCACCAGCGGGUCCACGCCGAGCGGGGCGCGAGCGGGGGCACCCGGAAGCUGACGCGGGAAGAUCGGCCCUUCAGGUGCGGGCAGUGUGGGCGCACCUACCGCCAUGCCGGCAGCCUCCUGAACCACCGGCGCAGCCACGAGACCGGCCAGUACAGCUGCCCCACAUGCCCCAAGACCUACUCCAACAGCAUGGCCCUGAAGGACCACCAGCGGCUGCACUCAGAGAGCCGGCGGCGGCGAGCAGGGCUGUGCCGGCGGGCAGCUGUGCGCUGUGCCCUGUGUGGCCGGGGUUUCCCUGGCCGGGGAGCUCUGGAGCAGCACCUGCGAGAGCAUGAAGAGGAGACCAAAAGUGGUCAGAGAGGCACGGAGGACAGUGAGGGGACCCUGGCCGAUGACCAGGGACUAGAGGAAAGGUCGGGUGGUCCUGAGUCAGUUCUCCAGCUGGAGGACAGAGCCAGGAGGCUGCGGGAGCAGAGGCCGAGCCCCACCGGGGCAGCAGGUUCAGAACCCACCGAGCCGGGACCCGGGGACGUGGGGAAUGCCGAAGGGAGGCAAAGAGACGGGGGGCCAGUGAGUCGCGGUGGAGAUUGGGUUCCUCGGGGUCAUGUACUGACCAAGCCAGCAGAUGAGUCAGAGGAUAGUAUCCCCAAGAGUCCUUGCCAUCUUGGCAACACCCAGCCCAACGGACCUAGUCUGAGUUCUGUGGCUGGCUGGCACAGUGCAGACAGCCGACCUCAGCUCCAGCCCGAGAGUCCCCCAUUUUCCUGCAGCCGUUGUGGCAAGACGUACUGCCAGUCGGAAGGCCCUUUGAACCGCCACAGCACCCCCGAGACAGACUGCCACCAUUGCCUGCCCUGCUCCAAGGAGUUCUCGAACCCUGUGGCCACUAAGAGCCACAGCCGCAACCACGUAGCUGCCCAGACCUUUGCCUGCCCCGACUGUGGUAAGGCUUUUCAGGCCCAUCAUGAACUAGCCAGCCACCUGCACACUCAGGCCAGCGGCCUCAGUCAGAUGCCACCCCAGAUACGGGAGGCCACAGGACCUGAAGGUGGGACUGUGGAGGAUGAGGUAGAUAGCCCCGGCCAAGGGGAAAUCCAGAAGUCCCCACCGGAACCCCCCAGGGCCCCAGGAGAGAAUGCUGGGAGAGCUGAUGGGGGGCAAGGAGUAAAGUCCACAGUGGCUGAAGACGAGGAACGGCCCUUCCGCUGUGCCCAGUGUGGGCGGUCCUACCGCCACGCCGGUAGCCUGCUGAACCAUCAGAAGGCCCACACCACUGGACUCUACCCCUGCUCCCUCUGCCCCAAACUUCUACCCAACCUGCUGUCCCUUAAGAACCAUGGCAGGACCCACACAGACCCCAAGCGCCACCGCUGCAGCGUCUGUGGCAAGGCCUUCCGGACAGCUGCCCGACUGGAGGGUCAUGGGCGGGUCCAUGCACCUCGGGAGGGGCCCUUCGCUUGCCCUCACUGUCCCCGCCACUUCCGUCGCCGAGUCAGCUUCCAGCAGCACCAGCAGCAGCACCAGGAGGAAUGGACAGUGGCCAGCUCUGGAGUCCCAAAGGCACCAGCGGCGGGGAGAGGGGACUUGUCAGUGCCCCCUCCUCCCACCCCCACGACCUCACUUCUGGAUCCUUCACCCCAGUGGCCUGCAGACCUCAGCUUCUCCCUCUAAACUUCAAGUCUCCAAAGAUCAGAAUACGGGCGGGGUGGGGGGGGGGUGGCGGGUUGCAGGGAAAGGCUUGAUCUCCAUGUUUUGCUCAGGAGUAGUUAGGCAUCCCCAUCUCUCACUCUCCUCUGCCACUGUGCAGAGGGCCCAGAUCUGGCUUCUUGCCCAAGGAGGGGGUAAGGUAUUCCUCAUGUCCUUGUCCUUGAAGGCUCUCCUUUCCCCAGCCUUUGUCACUAUGCUCUUCCCUAUGACCAGCCCUGCAAGAAACCCGGUGCCAGGCUCUGCCACGAUGUGGGGCCACGGUCACCAGCCAGAUUCCAACACCAAGGAGAGGCCGAUUCAGAGAGCCACAGGUGGGAAUGUUGCCUGUGGAAGGGGAGCCUUUUGCUACAAUUUGUAACUUAUUUUCUAAAGUCUAUUUUGUAACAAUUUAUUUAAGUUUUAAAAAAAAAGGAGAAUUGCUCCCCCACCCCCUUAAAAAAAAAAAAAAGAACGAAUUUUCAAAGUAAGUGGCUGGUGUGAUCAUAUCUGAGGGGAUGAAUAAGGAAGGCUGGGGACGCCUGCAUCGCACAGCAGAGCUGGGUGUGGGGGAGCAUCCACAGGCGACAUCUCCCUGUGCUGCAGGGUGGGGAGUAAGGGCAGCUGCCGGUCCAGGCAGGCUCCUUC